CCCUACCAGUCACCACCACUGGGCGACUGACGUGCACCCCGACAAUCUUGCAACAAUGGGGGCAGCUCCUUCGCGUCCACAAGAAACGAUGUCCUAUGACGAGAAGCAAUCUGUUCGCAGUGUAGCUGCCUCGUUUGCCUCCGUUUCUCUCCAGGAUACUGCCUUAUCGCCCAGUGGUUCGUUAUUGAUAAACAAUGUGGCGAAAUGGGAGGAAAGUGUAUCUGCCGAUACCAAGACCCAGCUUGCCCGUACCAUUCUUUCUCAUUCCGACAUCCGUUCAGCACUCGUUUCUCGUGACUCCGUCAUUGCUGAUACCCACAUCUUUAACAAUGAGAUAGAUUUCAAGACCGGACCAGUUACCAACCAGAAGUCCAGUGGUCGAUGCUGGUUAUUUGCUACAACCAACGUCCUACGUUACGAGGUGAUGAAGAAAUUCAAGUUGAAGGAAUUCCAGCUUUCUCAGUCUUAUCUGUUCUUCUGGGACAAACUCAACAAGGCUAACUACUACCUGGAGCUAUCCAUCGAGCUUGCUGACCGUCCUCUUGACGAUCGGCUUGUUUCCCACCUCUCUGGAGACUUAAUCAGCGAUGGUGGUCAGUUCGAUAUGGCUGUCAACCUUUUGGAGAAUUACGGCGUUGUACCUCAAGCUCUCUAUCCCGAGUCCACGCAUUCUUCCCUUUCAUCGCCGCUCAAUGCCCUUCUCAAGACGAAAUUACGCGAACAUGCGCUCAUUCUCCGUGCUUUGUCAAGCAAUUUGAAGGCUCGAGCUUUUUCACCGGAUGAAAUCCAGGCCACUCUCCGUGCUGAGAAGGAAAAGCUGAUGAAAGAAAUCUAUACUAUCAUGACUGCCACUCUUGGCGUACCUCCCAUGCCUGAUAAGCAGUUUGUCUGGGAGUAUUAUGACGCAGAUGGUAAGGCUGGAAGAUGGGAAGGCACACCAAUUGAAUUCUUGAAGAACGCGUCUAAGCCAUAUCCUCCUAAAGAAUUCUUUUCGUUGAUCAACGAUCCCCGCAAUGAAUAUUCUAAAUUGUACACUGUCGACAAGCUCGGCAACAUUUGGGGAGGUCGACCAGUUCUUUAUAUUAAUACUGAAAUCGAGAACAUGAAGAAUGCGGUGGUGAAGAUGAUCAAAGCAGGUUUACCCGUCUUCUUUGGGUGCGACGUAGGAAAGUUCUCAGACAGAGAUGCUGGCGUAAUGGAUCCUGACCUCUUCAAGUACGAGACUGCAUUCGACAUCACACUUGGUCUUACAAAGGCCCAGCGUUUGCAAGUAAACGAGUCCUCUAUGACCCACGCGAUGGUUAUUACGGCGGUCCAUCUGGAUACGGCCGGUAAACCUGUCAGGUACAAAGUGGAGAAUUCUUGGGGCGAGACCACUGGCAAUAAAGGCUAUUACAUGAUGACCGACAAGUGGUUCGAAGAAUUUGUCUACCAAGUCGUUGUCCCCAAGGCUCUUGCUCCCAAGCAUCUUGUGAAGAUUCUCGAAGCUGGAGAUGCUGUCGUGUUGCCCCCUUGGGACCCUAUGGGAUCUUUGGCCUGAAGUAUGGCAUAUUAUUUAAUCUUUGGAGUACGAUAUGUAGACCAUCGAAUGCUAUGUUAUGUUUUAGACUGAGACUGAUCCGAUUACCUGUUGUUACACGCGCGCGCGCA